AGAUUAUGAAGAUAAAGUUUUUGCGUUUUCUGAGGGGUGCUACCAGCGCCAAUAGCAGAAGUAUGCGCUGCAAAAGUAAGGUACCUGGAACAACACCUCGAUGAGCUUUGGAUGUACUCCUUGGAAAUGGACUCAUGGAACCUGCUGGCUUCAGGAAGCCUGGAAGGGCGUUCAAUGCAUUCGGCGGUUUGGGAUCAGAAGAAGAGGGCCAUGAUCAUUUUCGCUGGCCAAGGUGCCUCGCUCUUGGGAGAUUUGUGGCGCUACGGCCUAAAUGCAAGCACCUGGGUUGAGCUCAUCCCCCAAGGUCCCUUCCCACCUGCACGAAGUGAUCAUGCAGCCGUUUGGGAUGAAACAAGCUACUCGAUGUUCAUUCUUGGCGGAUGGGGUGGAAGCCUAGAGUUUCUGAAUGACCUUUGGAUCUACCGUUGGGAAGCUGACAUUUGGAUGCAGCUGUCACCCUACACGUCCGGGCCUACAACUCGGCGUGGUCAUGUGGCCGUUUGGGACCCCGUGUCGAAAUCCAUCCUUCUCCAUGCAGGCGCGGCCACAUUUGAGGCGACAUCGAAUUCAUCAGAGACCAGCUCACAUGGUGCUACCAGUUAUUAUUCUUCGGAACUCUGGAAUUACAGUACUUUGUCCAAUGUUUGGACACAGAUGGCCCUUGAUUCUGUUUCUGGUACUCCAAGUGGGCGGAUGGACCACGCUGCCGUUUGGGACCCAACCUCGCGUGGGAUGCUCGUCCUUGGUGGCUUCAAUGUUUCGUACCUGUUUGACCUUUGGAGAUAUGUGGCACUGCCUACCAACGCCAUCCACACCGCUGAAUGUGACCAAGGACAGAUCUGUACCGUGGAAAUGCGGGAGUUUGUGCCCGAAACAUUUAGAGGCACAUAUCGUGUUUGCUGGUGUCGCCCAGAUCCCGCAGCCCAGGUGGCGUGUGGACGACUAUCGUUCGCUGGCCGUCCAGUUACGAACAGUUUGCCCUCCAGGAACAUAUUCCAGCAACACUCCCUGUGCAGUUUGCCCAGCAGGUUUUUACUGUCCUGGAGGAGAAUUGCCUGAGAGACUGCCCUGCCCUACAGGAAGCACUUCACUGCAAGGUGCAACUUCCAUCCUAGAAUGCACCUGCCUCGCC